AUGAAGCGUUCACGAGAACAAGUCACGACUACGCUGGUUCGUUACAGGGAAUGGAGAAUUCGUCGAAAGCAGGAUGAUGUGUGUCGACGAAACGAGGUCCUUGCGCGAAUGCUGACGGAAGCGUUACCGGCCGUUUACGAGGGUCCAAAGGACUACUCGGCGAAGAGCGCGUUGCUCGACGACGAAGGCGAUUUGCUGGAAUUAACAAAUGGUGCAGGGCAGGGAAUGUUGAUGCCACCGCCGCCGACGUCUGCUACAAAUGGGACUGUUCAUCAUGUUCACCCUUCAAAGCGGACGUCCGGCAAAGUGAGUUGUUCUUCGUUGGCUCUUACCAUUCUUUUGCUUCCAAUGGCGGGCUCGUACCACUCUUUUGGUUCCAAUCGUAGAUUACAAUAUCAUGGAAAUCUUUUCAGUGUUUCAUCAUUGGAAACCGAAAGGCUGAAAGCUGAAGUGAUGCAGCUCAAGACUGCUGAGGCUGAUGCUAGGAUACAACUUUCUGUUAGCCAGAACAACGAGAAGCAUGCAAGGCAAGAAGCUGUACAAUUGCGAUCGAGACUUGAGCAGAUGGAAGCUAGGUAUGCCACCAUGGAAAAGUUGAGAGACGUCGAUCGCAACUCUCUUUCACAGUUGGAAAAGAAGUAUGCGGAGUUGAUGAACAGAAAGAAUGAUGUUGAGCGUGAGCUAAUGGACGAGCGCAAGGCGCGCAAGGAGGACGGCGGAAGACGUUUGGAUUCGGUUGAACAACAACGUGAAAAAGAACGACAGCUGGAGCAUGAAGUGGAUCGACUUCGUAGUGAAGCGCUAGCACGAGAGGAAAGAGUGACUGACAUUGAAAAGGAACUACACGCGCUCCGCAAAUACAAAGAAAAUAAUGAUGUUGAGGCGUUGAACAUGGAUUUGCGAAUCAUGCGCGAGAAGAUGGUUCACCUGGAGGAGUCGCUAGCAGCAGAGAACAAGCUGAAACAGGAGUUAUUUCGUGCCCUUGGUGACGCAAAGGCCAACAAUGCCCAUCUUCAGAGUCAGCUGCGCGCAUUUGAGAUCACAUCUGGCAUGCCGUUGUCGGUGUCGGUGGCUCGUCCACCAUCCGCUUCACUAGGGCAGUCAGAAAAGGUUUCACCGCAGCAGCAGCAACCGCAGCCACAGUCUCAGCAACAACCUCAGCACAACAUCGCCGCGUAUCAGUUGCCAAUCAGCCAAGCGCAGAAAAUGGACUCAAACAUGUCGACCACCACACACAUGGGUGUUGCUUAUGGCAAUCUGUAUGCCACCAUGGAAAAGUUGAGAGACGUCGAUCGCAACUCUCUUUCACAGUUGGAAAAGCAGUAUGCGGAGUUGAUGAACAGAAAGAAUGAUGUUGAGCGUGAGCUAAUGGACGAGCGCAAGGCGCGCAAGGAGGACGGCGGAAGACGUAAUUCGUGCUUACGUUGUAACUGCGGCGAUCUUUUCAUGUUUAGUUUGGAUUCGGUUGAACAACAACGUGAAAAAGAACGACAGCUGGAGCAUGAAGUGGAUCGACUUCGUAGUGAAGCGCUAGCACGAGAGGAAAGAGUGACUGACAUUGAAAAGGAACUACACGCGCUCCGCAAAUACAAAGAAAAUAAUGAUGUUGAGGCGUUGAACAUGGAUUUGCGAAUCAUGCGCGAGAAGAUGGUUCACCUGGAGGAGUCGCUAGCAGCAGAGAACAAGCUGAAACAGGAGUUAUUUCGUGCCCUUGGUGACGCAAAGGCCAACAAUGCCCAUCUUCAGAGUACGUUUUAUGCUCAGCACAACAUCGCCGCGUAUCAGUUGCCAAUCAGCCAAGCGCAGAAAAUGGACUCAAACAUGUCGACCACCACACACAUGGGUGUUGCUUAUGGCAAUCUGUGA